UCCGCCGUUUGGGGACGCUUCACGCCAGGGGGAGGUGCUGUGCGUCCAAGAUGGCGGCGCCCUGUAGGCUGGAGGGACUGUGAGGUAAACAGCUGAGGGGGAGGAGACGGUGGUGACGAUGAAAGACACCAGGCUGACAGCACUGGAAACUGAUGUACCAACUGUCCCCAGAGCAGUCUGGUAGUGGCCCUAAUGAAGAGCUGUUCAAGCCUUUAGCACAUGCCCUGGAGCCCGCACAGUGUAGUUGAGUGAGAGAAUGGCCCAGCUAGCCAACAUUGGGGAGCUACUCUCCAUGCUGGACUCUCCCACACUGGGUGUACGGGAUGACGUGACAACCAUCUUCAAGGAAUCCCUCAGUUCUGAACGUGGGCCUAUGCUUGUAAACACCUUGGUGGAUUAUUACCUGGAAACCAAUUCUCAGCCCGUAUUGCACAUCCUGACCACCUUGCAAGAGCCACAUGAUAAGCACCUCUUGGACAGAAUUAAUGAGUAUGUAGGCAAAGCUGCCACUCGUUUAUCCAUCCUCUUGUUGCUGGGGCAUGUCGUCAGACUACAGCCAUCUUGGAAGCACAAGCUCUCUCAAGCACCUCUUCUGCCUUCUUUACUGAAAUGUCUCAAGAUGGACACUGAUGUUGUGGUCCUCACAACUGGUGUCUUGGUGUUGAUCACCAUGCUACCGAUGAUCCCGCAGUCAGGGAAGCAGCAUCUUCUUGAUUUCUUUGACAUCUUUGGCCGUCUCUCGUCAUGGUGCCUGAAGAAACCAGGCCAUGUGACAGAAGUCUACCUUGUCCAUCUCCAUGCCAGUGUUUAUGCCCUCUUUCAUCGCCUUUAUGGAAUGUACCCUUGUAACUUCGUCUCCUUCCUGCGCUCUCACUAUAGUAUGAAGGAAAACGUGGAGACUUUUGAAGAAGUUGUCAAGCCAAUGAUGGAGCAUGUGCGAAUUCAUCCGGAAUUAGUGACUGGAUCCAAGGACCAUGAACUGGACCCUCGAAGUCCACUGGCACUGGAGCUUCUGGCUGAUUCUCCUGUCUAUAGCUGCCAUCUUGCUGUAGGACUGCGGGGAUUACAGUGGAAGACAUUAGAAACUCACGAUGUUGUAAUAGAGUGUGCCAAAAUCUCUCUGGACCCUACAGAAGCCUCGUAUGAAGAUGGCUAUUCUGUGUCUCACCAGCUCUCUGUCUGCUUCUCUCACCGUUCAGCUGAUGUCACCGCCAGCCCUUAUGUGGACAUACAGAAUAGCUAUGGGGGCGCUACUUCCACCCCUUCCUCCACCUCUCGGCUGAUGUUGUUCAGUCCAGCUGGGCAGCUACCUCAGAGUCUGAGUUCCCCAUCAACAAGGCUGUUACCUGAGCCGCUGCAAGCUACUCUCUGGAGCCCAUCUGUGGUCUGUGGGAUGACCACUCCUCCUACGUCUCCUGGAAAUGUCCCACCUGAUUUGUCACACCCCUACAGUAAAGCCUUUGGUACCACUGGUGGAAAAGGAACUCCUUUGGGAACCCCAGCAACCUCUCCUCCUCCAGCCCCACCCUGUCCUCCAGACGACUGUGUGCAUGGGCCAGCCUCACAGGCCACAGCCACACACCCCCGGAAGGAAGAAAGAACAGAUUCCUCAAGGCCUUCCCUGCAGAGACAGCAGUAUCUCCUAAAUGACCGAGGACUAGAGGAUCCACCUGCAAGCAAAGGUUCCGUUACUCUGGGGAAUCUGUCAGAAUUCCUAGGUGACCUGGCUUCUGAGGAAGACAGUAUUGAGAAAGAUAAGGAAGAAGCUGCGAUAUCUAAAGAGCUUUCUGAGAUCACCACUGCAGAGGCGGAUCCUGUAGUUCCUCGAGGGGGCUUUGACUCUCCCUUCUACCGAGACAGUCUCUCUGGUUCUCAGCGGAAGACUCAUUCGACAGCCUCUGGGACUCAGGGCUCCAGCAUGAACCCUGAGCCUUUGCACUCCUCCCUGGACAAGCAUGGGCCUGACACACCAAAGCAAGCCUUUACCCCUAUAGACCCACCCUCUGGCAGCGCUGAUGCCAGCCCCGCUGGGGACAGGGAUCGCCAGACUUCUCUGGAAACCAGUAUCCUCACUCCUAGCCCUUGCAAAAUUCCACCUCAGAGGGGAGUGAGCUUUGGAAGUGGGCAGCCUCCCCCUUAUGAUCAUCUCUUUGAGGUGGCCUUGCCAAAGACUGCCUGUCACUUUGUCAGCAAGAAGACUGAGGAGCUGUUGAAGAAAGUGAAAGGAAACCCUGAGGAAGACUGUGUGCCCUCUACCUCCCCAAUGGAAGUACUGGACAGACUGAUAGAGCAGGGAGCAGACGCGCACAGCAAGGAGCUGAGCAAGUUGUCCUUACCCAGCAAAUCUGUUGACUGGACCCACUUUGGAGGCUCUCCUCCCUCAGAUGAGAUCCGAACUCUCCGAGACCAGUUGCUUCUCCUGCACAACCAGCUGCUGUACGAGCGGUUCAAGCGGCAGCAGCACGCCCUCAGGAACAGAAGGCUCCUGCGCAAGGUGAUCAGAGCAGCGGCCCUGGAGGAGCACAACGCCGCAAUGAAAGAUCAGUUGAAGUUACAAGAGAAAGACAUCCAGUUGUGGAAGGUGAGUCUGCAGAAAGAACAAGCCCGAUGCAGUCAGCUUCAAGAACAGCAUGACACCAUGGUGACCCAGCUGCACAGCCAGAUCAGACAGCUGCAGCAUGACCGAGAAGAAUUCUACAACCAGAGCCAGGAGUUACAGACAAAGCUGGAGGACUGCAGGAACAUGAUUGCAGAGCUUCGGGUAGAGCUGAAGAAGGCCAACAACAAGGUGUGCCACACUGAGCUGCUGCUAAGCCAGGUUUCUCAGAAGCUCUCCAAUAGUGAGUCGGUGCAGCAGCAGAUGGAGUUCUUGAAUAGGCAGCUCCUGGUGCUUGGGGAGGUCAAUGAGCUGUACUUGGAGCAGCUGCAGAGCAAGCAUCCUGACACCACCAAGGAAGUAGAAAUGAUGAAAACUGCUUAUCGAAAAGAACUAGAAAAGAACAGAAGCCACCUUCUCCAGCAGAACCAGAGGCUGGAUGCCUCACAGAGGCGAGUGUUGGAACUGGAAUCUCUUCUAGCCAAGAAAGACCACCUUCUCCUAGAACAGAAGAAAUACCUUGAGGAUGUCAAGAGCCAGGCGAGUGGACAGCUGCUGGCCGCAGAGAGCAGGUAUGAGGCUCAGAGGAAGAUCACCCGGGUGUUGGAACUGGAGAUCCUAGACUUGUACGGCAGGUUGGAGAAAGAUGGCCGCCUACGGAAACUAGAAGAGGACAAAGCAGAAACAGCAGAAGCCGCGGAAGAGAGGCUUGACUGUUGUAGUGAUGGCUGCCCAGGUUCCUUGGUAGGGCAUAAUGAAGAGGCUUCUGGCCACAACGGUGAGACCAGGACCUCCAGGCCUAGUGGUACCCGUGCCAGCUGUGGAGGCAGAAGCACUGGAGGCAGCAGCAGCAGCAGCAGUGAGCUUUCCACUCCAGAGAAACCCCCGAGCCAGAGGUUCAGCAGCCGGUGGGAAACCGCUGUGGGUGAGCCCUCCAGCAGCAUCCCCACGACUGUUGGCUCACUUCCCAGUUCCAAAAGCUUCUUGGGCAUGAAGGCCCGGGAGCUGUUCCGUAAUAAGAGUGAGAGCCAGUGUGAUGAAGACGGUGUGACCAACAGUAGCCUUUCUGAGACCCUAAAGACAGAACUGGGCAAAGACUCAGGUGUGGAAAGCAAGAGUCCUUUGAAUCUAGAUGCCUCACAUCCAUCUUCCCCAAACUCGGACAGUGUGGGGCAGCUCCACAUCAUGGACUACAAUGAGACUCACCACGAGCACAGCUGAGGGGGUCUGUCAGUGUUAAUUUGCGUCUUUGUCAGCACAGAACAGGAGGUGUGAAUGCACGUUCUAGGCUUUUCUGUUUCCAGGGUCUGAGCGGCUGCUUGUGCAGUGGGAAUGGGAUAGAGGUCCUUGUGACAGCAGGCAGAAUAUGGGAUGAUGGUUUUUGGGUCUGGCAUUGAGAUGCUUUCCUUCACCCCACCCCAGCCUCUUUCAUUUACCUAGCAGUAUGUACUAAUUGAGGACUGUGUGUGUCCCUUGUGGCUUUAUUUUCUUCCUUCCUCCCACCAAAUGGCUCUGUCCUUUGAACCUGUGCAAUAUGAGGCCAAAUUUCAUCUUUGGGUCCAACACACCACUCUGCUUCCUGAGGUGCAGAUAGAUGGGUGGCUCUUGGGUAGACCAGGUAGUUAGUGGCACUGCAGGUAAGUCCAGUUUUGUCCCUUCCAGGAGGGUGUAGAAAGUUGACUGUCUUUACAGGAGCGUUUUCACUUCUUUUUGGUUCUGAAGUUCAGCAUCUAAAACCACAGAUCUAGAGAAAUUGGUUCAUUCACCUCUGCCUUCUUUUGGCAGCUCUGAUAUGCUUCCUAGAAGGUUCUGUGAGCAUACCAGUUGUUUUGAUAGUGUAGUUGGCGCUGUGGAGGCCAUACUGCCUUACUCUCUGGAAAGCUCUUAUCCCUCCCCCACUACCUCUUAUUUAUUUGGUAUUUGCUUGAAUGCUGGCACCAUGCUGCCUGUGGGUGUGUGUAGGUGGUCGUCCUGUAAUCUGCAGACUGCAGGGAGUGGGCACUGGGAGGGGCACCCAGGAUGCCCAUACACGUGUGGAACCAUGUCUCUGGCUGGCCCCGUCCAACUGAGCCACGGUUCCACCCUUCAUUCUGUUUGCCUCUCCUUGUCCAUGUGCUCAUUACCAGCUGCUUUGUGAUUCUGCAGCAGACGGGCUUGGAAGAAUCAGAAUUUCCUUAGAGUUUAUGUGACGAUUGUUCUCGGGCUGGGGAUGCCUUCUCAUAGUAGGUUCUAGCAGCUUUUUACACCAAUUCUGACUUUGCAGGAGAGACUCCUCCUGGAGCUUCAUGUCAAACACUUCUGUUAGGAACAGCAGAGCAACUCAGAGUCCGGGAGGGUUGAUGGAGGCUGGUGGCCUGUACCACUGCCUGCCCUCAUGCUCACAAGAGGUGACAUUGAUCAGAACAUGGUGGUGGCAGAGAGCCCAAACUCGACCAAUGCUCCUGAAAUAAAUGCUGGAAGUAUAAGAGUUGUUGCCUGAUAUUCUGGACCAGGCAAGGAGAGACUUGGGAAGGAGCCAUGAGCUUGGUUUUCUGGUUUCUGUUCUGUUUGACAUAUAAAGAACAGAAGGGUUUAGCUUCAACAAAGGUAAAAGAAAUGAAUGGUACGCGAAAUCUUACUGCAUAUGGAAGUUUCCAGCCUGAGGGUGAAAGUCUUUUUUAAGUGUGCAAGUAAAUAUCCUAGCAUCCUUAGGUAAGGUGAGACUUCUUGUCACCAUGGCAGAGCUGGCUGGAGACCUGUUAGGGCCAUAUCUUUGCUAUAGCCAGCCCACAGGAAGACAUGCCACUGACUACUCUCAGACCAGCAGAGGGCAGCCACUGCCCCUGGACACUCAGUGAUGCCAUGCUUUUCAUUAGCUCUGCCCAAAGGAAAGCUGAAAACCCAGUGUUCUCUCACUUGAUUCAUUGUAGGAAAGGGUAGAUGAACAGACUGGGAGAAAGAUCUCACAGUUAAUGGUAGACACUGCUCCUAAGAGCUGUCCUCACCACCACCACCUGCCCCCCAAGAUCUGUGCCAGAGAACCAUGUGCCAGAGAACCAAGCCUUUUUUCCUCUACAUUAGGAAGGAAACUUACAGACUGCACAAGUGCUGAUGUUUAGGGAGAGGAGGCAGCAGCAUGGUAGACUGAGGUAUAGGCUAGAGUAGCUACCGACUCUGCUUGGGCCCUCAGCACUUUCCUCCAGCCUGGGUGCUCUGUACCCAAUGACAGAGCCUGAGCAUCUUGUGUGGCUUGAGUUCUAGAAGGCUGUUGAGGCUUUUAUUUUUAUUUUUUUCUAGCUAAGGUUGGGGGACUGUGACCUGAAGUCAUCUUGAAGGUGCCCAGCCUAAACAUUGGCUCUUUUCAAAGGACUCCAGGAUCAGUUGGGUGGAGGCUUCUGUUUGGAGAGCAGUGACAGAGCAUCUGGGAAUCAGUGGGUCACCUGAUGCUGCUGCAGUCAGGAGGGGAACUUCUGAAAGGCAGCUGAGGCCGGGGCCAAGGUGUUGGGGCAGUAGGUGUAAUGGGCAGCUUGGUGCGUGUGAAUGCUGGGGUUGAAUGGUUCCAUCCUUGAAUCAUUUGAAGUUGGUGCUGUGGUUGCCCAAGGGACCCCAGGAGACUGGAGGCUGUGUGUCAUGCAGUCUGGAAUCCAUUAGAAGCAGCACCACAAUGCCACUGGAGUGGAGGAGCAGGUCAAUGCCCAGGGGAGGAAAAAAACACGCCUAAUCUCUGGCUAACAUUCCUCCCUGAAGUCUGGAAGUGUUUGCUUUGGGAGCAAGCGCAACAUGACCGUGAACAUGAGGAGCCAGGCUCUAAGUGGUAUCCCUGGAGCAGGCAGCACAGCCGCCAGGGGUGAAUACUGACCUCAGUAGCUUUGCUGACCCUUUCAGGAGGAAAGUUUGUUCUUCCUUCUGGACUAAGCUGAGGAAGGUUCCAACUGUAUGUGACAUGGUUAGCAGGGAGUCACUCUUCUUAGAACGCAAACUCAAAACCCAGGGAAAGUCCUGGAAGCCACAGGUGGUUAAAAAAAAUUAACCUCUCCUCCCCAAGCUGCUGUGGCCAGUGGCCAGUGCUUCUCUGGGUGGUGGUGGCACACAAGUGACAAGCCACAGACUCAGGGCCACUUGCGGCAUGUGUGGGCUCUAGUGUUGAGAGGAGAAUGAGGACAUGUUAGCAGUCAGAUGGUUGAAGAUGAAAAGACCUGAGAGUAGACUACAGGCUGACAGCUAGGUGGAAAUCGAGGAGUGGGUAACAACAGUCUGGUGCGGUGAGGCCAGCCAGCAGGAACCUACUGCUUGAAGCCAGAAAGAACUAAAGAACAAUCGGAAGUCCUGUAGGAAGGCGCUCGUUUUCCUGAGCAGUAAGGGUGGGAGGCGUUGUGGACACGCUGGCAGGGUGUGGGCAGUGCACAGGCUCAACUUGCACUGCAGCCCAUGUGGAGUCUGCCCCAGCCAGAGGCCAGUGGUCCUGCACACUGUGACUCAGUGGCAGCCAGCUACACCUUCACCCCAGGCCCAUGCUCUACAGCCACUGCUGUGUACACUGGAAUAUAAUAUAUCCAGUGGAAGGGUGUUUAUGUCCUUGGAUACAUGCAGAGUGCUGUGGUAUGUGCCUCCAUCCUCCCCACCCCACCCCACCCAUUUGCUGCAGAGUCACUGAUUGCCUUGGGUUUAGCCUGUCUGUGUAGGUAAAGUGGGAACUGGCCCCUGGGCUGCUGCUGUGACCCUUGUUCCCAUUCAGCUUCCCAGUCUGUGAGUCCCUGGUGUGCCCAGGGGAGCAGUGUUUCUGAUAUCACCCCAAGUUUUUAAAUGCAGUGUAGAGAAGCGGCUGCAGCUACAACAGAAACUGCACCCUGACCAAUUUUGGUCUCAGAAUGAAAUGAAUGGGGGCCAAGAAGUGCCCUGCCCUUCCCAGAGCCCCAGUAUUACCCACUUCUGAAUAAGUAGGCUGACUGAUCCACUGGAGCUGAUCUUUCACUAGACUGAUCCCUCUCCUUGCCCCACUUCACACAGUGUUGGAAAGGAGAGGCCGUGAUGGUGUUUGUUAGCUCUGUCGGAUCAGAGGCAGGAAGGCGUUUUUGCACUAGGAAGAUUUGGUGGUCACUAUGAGACUGGACCACAAAACACAUUACGGAGGAGCAGGUUUUGCUAAGACAUAAUUUAGUUUUAUAAUCAAUCAUGGAUGAACCAUAUAUGGCUAACUUGGAGUUGCGCGGGGGGCGGGGGGAGGGGGACGGUAUUUUCCCAUCAGUGAAAACAAAUCAAAUUUUUCAAAAACUCUUUAGUUCAGUGGAAGUCACCUCUUCUCAAAAGGUUUAAACUUUCCCACUAUGACCUUAAAAGCAUGUCAAACAGUCCGCAUCAGAUGCCAUAAAUACAGGCUGCAGGAGAACAUGGUACAGUCUCAGUGAAUGGAAUCAAAGGUUUGCUGUCCUUAGAAUGUUCUGAAAUGUCAAGGCAGUUGCUUGUGUUUAACUGUGAACAAAUAAAGAUUUAUUGUUUUGCA